AUCGUUUCCUAUUUCCAGCUGGCUCCGCUUGAAUUUCGCGGGUUUUGUGACUAGUGAGUGGACCUAGUGAUUGUGAUGGUUCCUAGUGACUCCGGUCAAUGAGAGUCAAACAUCCGCUCCGGAUGCCGACGGGACACUUAGACGACGACGACUUCGUGGUGGUCAAGACGAGGUCCAACAGUCCCGAGGCCGGAGGCGGCGGCUUCUGGCUGGCGGCGGCGUCGGGAGCGCCGCAUCCUGCGGCUUUGCCCAUCGAGGGAUGCAAUGAAACCGGCUUUAUUAACAGCCAACCAUCGAUGGCUGAGUUCAUGACAGCCCUGCCGCAUCUUUCCGGAGAUAUGACCCAUGGGGCGUCCAUCAGUCCACAGAACACGCCGCCGGCAGGAUACCCCAUGGAUGUACCACACGGGAUGGGAUCCCCAGGAGUCAACGUACCGGAAUAUCCCUGGAUGAAGGAGAAGAAAACCACGAGAAAGAGUAGCCAGCAAGAAAAUGGACUUCCAAGAAGAUUAAGGACAGCAUAUACCAACACCCAGUUGUUAGAAUUAGAAAAGGAGUUUCACUUUAAUAAAUAUCUAUGUCGUCCUAGAAGAAUAGAAAUAGCUGCUUCUCUAGACCUUACCGAACGUCAGGUAAAAGUUUGGUUUCAAAACCGGCGCAUGAAACACAAACGACAAACCCUCGGCAAACAGGGCGAGGACGGCGACGACAAAGACUCGAUCACCAGCGACGGUGGCAAAAACGGUAAACUCUCCGACAAGUUUUUGGACGACGAAAUGUCCAAGAAGAGUUGUCAAGGAUGCGAAAUGCCUUCGGCCGGUCUUUGCGGCUCCCACGACGAAAUUCCCGACAUCAGUUCAACGAGAGGCAACAACAACAACACCCCAAGUGCAACAAACAACAACACGAAUUUCAACAACAAUAGUAACGGAGCGAGUAGUGUAGGAAGUUCGAGUCCUUUUGAUAAACUCAUCGAGGAAGAUUCGCGAUCGAACGAAGACAGUGGCCUGCAUCCAUCACCGAGAAUAACGAAAAAAGUAAAUUCUGUUAGUGUCAAAGUGGAGAAUCGCAGGAAUUCGCCAAAUUCCUGCGAGAAAAAAAUCGGAUUGAGCAAGAUUUCGCCGAAGGAAAGUCAAGAAGCUGUCAAUGUGAAAAUGUCACCUAAAAGUGCGUCACUACCCACAGGAAAUAAUAUCCAUCCUGGGUCAGUCGGGAUGGCUUCAAAUGUGAUGUACCCGCAUUUGAACCGAUCUUCACCGACGACAGCAACAGCAAUAGCAUCGGCGACUGUCACUAUACAAAAUGUUAGUAACACGAUUCCACCUUUUGCGUCCAGAGGGUCAAUGCAUUUUCCCAAUCAGUACCAAAUGAACCCAGAAUAUAGAAACGACCGGAAACACACCCAACAACACUACCAAAUAAACCAAAACAUGUACCCUGGUGAAAUGUACAACCCUGAACACACAACAGUAAACGAGAGCCAACCUUAUGUUCGGAACACAAGUGUACCAACACAAGGAGUCACAAGAAUAUCGCGAGGACGUCAGUACAACUACCCCAACCACCAACAACAGUAUUACUACAACAAAAACCAUCCCAACUCCGAGAAUUACAUCAAUCACCAGAAUUACGUUCAGGGUUAUCAAAGUGAGCACCCGAAUUACAACCAUUAUGGUUACCACUACACCAGCGAUGGUAGUGAAGUGGCUCACUUGCCCAACACCCAUAUGGGUCACGAAUCAAAUGCGACUUACUACCAAAAUGAAAACAUGUUACAGAAAAACCCAGAGUAUUCAGGAAAAGUCGGUUAUUAUGAGAAUAACCAUUACAAUAGUGAUCCCAAUUACAUUUCCCCGGAAGUUUUCCCCAAUACGAACAAUACAAUAAUGACCCCACCUGCGAGUGUACAAACAGAGUCUAGUGAUAAUUACAAUUCGUUUCAUCAAUUCUAUUCCAGUGAGUCUUCACAAAAUCAAGUUGCACCGACCGGUGAAAAUAGUAACAGUUCGUCGGACUUUAAUUUUUUGAGUAAUUUGGCUAACGAUUAUACGCCGGAGUAUUAUCAGAUUUGAUUCAGUGCAAUGGACAGUUCUGUCUUCUGUUAAUUUUUACUGUUACUGAUGUGAUUUUUAUUGUUUUUGGUUUUUCGAUUCUAGUAUUGUUCACGUUAAAUGUAUACACUUUAUAAAAAACGCUUCUAGACAACAUUUAGACAAUCUAAAAAGUUAUGUUUGUUAUUGAUACAAUCAGAAAACAAUCAUUUUUGUUUCAUCGCACGAUCCCGCCGGAAGUCUCAUUAUUAACAUAAAUGUAUGUACUAUUUUAGGACAAACCUGUAGGUUGUUGUUGAAUGUAAAUACUUUGCAAUUUAAUGUAAUACUAAUAUUGUACAGUUAGAGACACAUUGGUACACUUUAGCAUUUUAAUUCGGAAAAUAUA